AUGAUUUUGUCCUCCGAAGGGUACGGCGAUAAGCUGAGCUUCACGUUUCCGGGGGAAGCCAAAAGGGUCCCGAAGGGGCGCGCACUAGCUCCUGCGGGGCCCAAGAUACGGCCUACUGCAGUGCAACCGAUCUUCGCGACGGCCAGCCUUAAAGAACAGGGCCGACAGAACUCGGAGAUUCAGAACAUCAUCACUGGAAUCGUCAAGCUUUUGAAUGGGAAUGUUAACGUGCAAGCCAAUACGCAGCUGUUGAACGGGAGGCCGGGGCGGCCGAUGGCUUCCAGGAUAAACAAUCGCGGGCCGCCGAAGAUAUCGGACGUGCCGCCGAUACCGGAACUCGAUCCGAUUAUAACCCCACCGGCGUACGCGUUUCACCCGACGAAAACGCCGCCGCCGUACCCCUUCGACCGACCGCCCUAUCAUGGUGUCAAUUUACCCGAGCAAAUUGUCCCACCAGUGUCACCUCAUAGGCCGGGCUUCCACCGACCAAUGCCUCCCUGGCAAAGGCCUCGACCCAGGCCGCCAAACCGACGGCCCAACCCUAAUCUGCCGAUAUACAAGCCAACACCCCCGCCUCCACCGAUAGACAUUCCAAACUACGACGAGCCCAGACCCGGAGAAGAAGGUGUUAGCGAGAAUGAAGCUAGUCACUCCGAAAACAACAUAUCCGAUAAUAAGGAGCAACAUCAGUUGCCAAAUUCACCGGAAGUCGAUAAGGACGAAAUACAGCUCACCACAGCUGACACAACGACGCCAUCAACCACAACAACUACGACAACGACGACGACGGAAUCGACAACGACAACAACGGAAUCCACAACCACGACAACGACCACCACGACAACUGAGAAACCGACCGAGCCGCCGACGGAGAAACAAACGGAACCGCCCACCGAGCAACCGACGCAGCCGCCGACUGAGAAGAUUCCAACGACCACGGAAAAGCGCGAAACGCUCAUCGACAAAAAGGAAAAGAAGAAACACUCCGAGAAAGAGAAGCAGAACAAGGACAUAAAUAGAGUUGUGGAGGGGCGACCGAGAUAUGAAAUAUCCAAGAACGACACUUCAGCUGGACAGGUGCUCGAGCCGUCAAUGUCUGAAUCCAGCUCGACCACAACUACCAGUGCGCCAACACCCACAGAAGGAUUGAUUAGCCACGCGCCAAGCGAUACCCCAACUCUUAUCAGCACCAUAAAGACUUCAUCGAUUAAUUCGCAACCUUUACCAUCUUCCCAGGGCAUCCCGUACCACCCGUACCGGCCGAGGCCAGGAAUAGUUCUGGACGACCCGGCACUUCAAGCCACACGGUACCCGGUACAGGCC